CGCUUUGCGCUCCGCACCAUGAAAUAGGUGCGCAAAAUUAUCAGUAGUACCCCGAAAAAACAACAAAUAAGUACUGCAUCGAAUCCCAAGUUAGUUCAGUAAUAGUCGACCUUCUGCGCCAGUGUGUGUAAAGGCAGACUUAUCAACGUGCUCAAUAAAUCAUUCUUGUUUUGAAAAAAACUACUAUUUUUCCAAUAAUACGUCAUCAAACAUGUCAUCUGCAAUCAUGAAGAUCUUUGUUUUGGUCGUCGCAUCAUUUUUUGUGUCAACUUCCGGAGAAUUACAGUGUGACCACAAGGUUCCGGAUGUUCCCAAAGAAUGGAUCGACAUGUCCAAAACUUGCGUGGACAGUGUCCGCGAUCAAGUGACCGAAGAACUGAAAGCUGCCAUGCAAUACAUGGCCAUGGGUGCCCAUUUCUCCAGGGACCAAAUCAACAGGCCCGGCUUCGCAAAAUUGUUCUUCGAAGCAGCCAGUGAAGAACGAGGACACGCCAUCGAGUUCAUCAAGUACCUGCUGAUGAGGGGAGAAUUGACUGAGAACGUCAGUGAUCUCAUUAAGAGAAACCUCGUUCCUGCCACGACAACCUGGGACAAUGGUGUAGCAGCUUUGAGCGAUGCUUUGAAACUGGAAGCUUCCGUAACGAAGAAGAUCAGAAAUAUCAUUGAAGUUUGCGAAAAAGACGAACAAUUCAAUGACUAUCACUUGGUGGAUUACUUGACGGCAGAGUUCCUAACUGAGCAAUACAAGGGACAAAGAGACCUCGCUGGUAAACUGUCCACCUUGGAGAAAAUGAUGGAUAGACAUGGAGUUCUUGGCGAGUACCUGUUCGACAAAGAAUUGCUGUAAACAGUUUUUGUCAAUUGUAUUUUGAAGAGAACAUAUAUUUUUUUUAAUGUCACUUAUGAUAAAAAAUACCUAGAUGUUAAAUAAAGUCUACUAGAAUAAUG